AUGUCCCGACGCGCGCCCGCGUGCGCGCGCGAGCUCUUCGGCGCCUACGCCGACGGCCCGCGACGGGCGACGCCCGAUCGCGUCGACGCCGUCGCGCCGAACGGCGAGCGACGCGCGUUCGGCCCGUUCGAGCGCUGGGACGCCGACGAACUCGGAAAAACGCUUUGCGUGUACGUGUACGACGGCAUCGACGGCGUCGACGACGACGCCCUGGUCGCGCUCGCGAUGCGCGAAUCCCGGGACGCGGAAAGCAUGCGCGUGUCGAACAUCGGUGGGUUUCACUCGCAGCCGGACGUGUUCGAGCGAGAGAGGCGCGAGACGCGGGCGCUCGCGGCGCUCGCGGAGCGCGCGUGCGCGCGCGCGUGGGAGGAAAACGACGCGAAGACGACGUUCGUGAAGUCGAUGAUGGGGAGAGGAGACCCUGCGAAAGUGAGCACGUCGUGGAUAAACGUGUGCGAGCGCGCGGGUGAUGGGCACGGGUUGCAUAAUCACGCGAACGCGGUUUGGAGCGGGGUGUAUUACGCGUCGGCGGGCGAUCGAGGCGACGACGACGACGACGUCGACGAACCGGGCGAUUUGUUGUUGCGCGUCUCCGCCGGUGGCGUCGAUCCGAUGGCAGACACUAGCACUGGAUACUGUACAUACACGUGCAUUAAACCCAAACGUCGGCGUUUGGUGGUAUUCCCGAGCUGGGUGCUGCACGGCGUGUUGGCGUCCCCCGGCGGAGCGCCGAGAGUUUCCUUUGCGUUCAACACGGGCGAGACGGGGGUGAAGUUUUAG